UGGGCGCAGGCAGCAUCCGGCUCGGGGCUGGGCUGUCCCCGGCCCCGUGGUGGCACUGACAGCCGGGCAGCGGGACCGCUGGCGUUGGCGCGGGACCUGCUGGCCGAGGGCGGGGAGCCCUUUUUUGUCCUCAACAGCGACGUGAUCUGCGAGUUCCCCUUCGCGGCGCUGGCCCAAUUCCACCGGCAGCACGGCGGCGAGGGCUCCAUCGUGGUCACUCGCGUGGAGGAGCCGGCCAAGUACGGCGUGGUGGUGAGCGAACCCGACAGCGGCCGCAUCUGCCGCUUCGUGGAGAAGCCACGCGUCUUUGUGUCCAACAAGAUCAAUGCCGGCCUCUACAUCUUCAGCCCAGGCAUCCUGCAACGCAUCCAGCUGCGUCCCACAUCCAUCGAGAAGGAGAUCUUCCCAGCCAUGGCGCAGGAUGGGCAGCUCUAUGCCAUGGAGCUGCAGGGCUUCUGGAUGGACAUCGGGCAGCCCAAAGACUUUCUCACUGGCAUGUGCAUGUACCUGCAGGCACUGCGGGCGCAGCAUCCUGAGAAGUUGCACUCAGGGCCCGGUGUUGUGGGGAAUGUGCUGGUGGAUCCCAGUGCCAAGAUUGGGGCAAACUGCGUCAUCGGCCCUAAUGUGACGAUUGGGGCUGGUGUGGUGGUGGAGGAUGGGGUGCGCAUCAAGCGCUGCACGGUGCUGCAGGGGGCCCGCAUCCGCUCCCACUCCUGGCUGGAGUCCUGCAUUGUGGGCUGGAGCUGCUCUGUGGGGCAGUGGGUGCGCAUGGAGAACGUGACGGUGCUCGGUGAGGAUGUCAUUGUCAACGAUGAGCUCUACCUCAAUGGGGCCAACGUGCUGCCACACAAAUCCAUCGCCGAGUCCGUGCCAGAGCCACGCAUCAUCAUGUAGCGCCCGCUGUGCUCUCUCCUGGCUCUGUUUAGAUUAAAUAUUUAUAUUUCCAUCUA